CAGACCAGGACGCGGAGAGGCCGGCCGGGGGGGCGUGUCCUGCAGAAGCUCCCUCCGUGCUGUGCGGGACCGGUGGGUCUUUGGAGGAUUGUCCUAUAGAUGAAGAUGAAGAUGCGUUUCAGGGCCUUGGAGAAGAAGAUGAAGAGAUUGAUCAGUUCAAUGAUGAUACAUUUGGGUCAGGUGCGAUUGAUGACGACUGGCAGGAAGCGCACGAGCGCCUGGCCGAGCUGGAAGAGAAGCUGCCGGCGGCAGCCAGUGAGCCAGCGGGCAAUGGGGAGAGGGAUGAGAUGGACCUGCUGGGUGACCACGAAGAGAACCUGGCUGAAAGGCUCAGCAAGAUGGUGAUCGAGAACGAGCUAGAAGAUCCCGCUAUCAUGAGAGCAGUGCAGACUAGGCCGGUUUUGCAACCUCAACCAGGAAGUCUGAAUUCCAGCAUCUGGGAUGGAUCCGAAGUUCUGAGGCGAAUCCGAGGACCGCUGCUUGCUCAGGAAGUGCCCACGGUGUCUGUGCUGGAGUAUGCCUUGCUGCAGAGGCCCCCGCAGGGCCCGGAGGACGGGCGGGACCUCUCGGAGCGCGCACUGCCGCGGCGGUCGACGUCACCUGUCAUCGGGAGUCCGCCUGUGCGAGCUGUCCCCAUCGGCACCCCACCUAAGCAGAUGGCUGUGCCCAGCUUUAACCAACAGAUUCUGUGUCCGAAGCCUGUCCACAUCCGGCCCCCGAUGCCACCACGUUAUCCUGCUCCCUAUGGCGAGAGGAUGUCUCCUAACCAGCUCUGCAGUGUCCCGAAUUCUUCCCUGCUGGGCCACCCUUUUCCUCCUAGCGUCCCUCCUGUUCUCAGCCCCCUCCAGAGAGCACAGCUUCUUGGAGGAGCUCAGCUGCAGCCUGGACGGAUGUCUCCCAGCCAGUUCGCACGAGUUCCUGGGUUCGUCGGGAGCCCUCUUGCUGCCAUGAACCCCAAGCUGCUGCAAGGCAGAGUUGGGCAGAUGCUCCCUCCGGCGCCUGGCUUCCGUGCCUUCCUCAGUGCCCCGGCCCCCACCACGCCGCCUCCGCCCGGCCCGGGGCCUCACCUGCAAACCCUACGGUCUCAGGCCCCGAUGUUUAGAGCAGACACGACUCACCUUCACCCCCAACACCGGCGACUCCUGCAUCAGAGGCAGCAGCAGAACCGGAAGGGAAAAGAAGAACCAGCAUGGAGGUGGAGUCUCAUACAAGACUUAAAAAGUACCAGUCAACAUCGGAACCUCAAUGGUACUGGAGACAGAGGGGGUCACCGGAGCAGUCAGCAGGAUCACCUCCGGAAGGACCCCUAUGCCAACCUCAUGCUGCAGCGGGAAAAGGACUGGGUCUCUAAAAUCCAGAUGAUGCAGCUGCAGAGCACUGACCCCUACCUGGAUGAUUUCUAUUACCAGAAUUACUUUGAGAAACUGGAGAAACUGUCUGCUGCUGAAGAAAUGCAAGGUGACGGCCCUAAAAAGGAGCGCACCAAGCUCAUCACCCCGCAGGUGGCCAAGCUGGAGCACGCCUACAAGCCGGUGCAGUUCGAGGGCUCUCUGGGGAAGCUCACCGUCUCCAGUGUGAAUAAUCCUCGAAAAAUGAUUGAUGCCGUGGUGCCAGCGCGGAGUGAGGACGACGAGACAAAAGAAAAACAAGUUCGAGACAAGAGAAGAAAAACACUUGUCAUAAUUGAGAAAACCUACAGUCUACUCCUGGACGUGGAGGAUUACGAGCGGCGUUACCUCCUGAGCCUAGAAGAGGACCGGCCUGCCCUGGCGGACGAAAGAAAGCACAAAGUCUGUGGCAUGUACGACAACUUGCGGGGCAAGCUGCCUGGGCAGGACAGGCCCAGUGACGACCACUUUGUGCAGAUCAUGUCCAUCCGGAAAGGGAAGAGAAUGGUCGCCCGCAUCCUCCCCUUCCUCUCCACAGAGCAGGCGGCUGACGUCCUCAUGACGACCGCUCGGAACCUCCCUUUCCUCAUCAAGAAGGACGCACAAGAUGAGGUACUGCCGUGCCUGCUGAGUCCCUUCUCUGUCCUCCUCUAUCAUCUUCCACCGCUGACCGUCACGAGCCUUCUGCAGCAGCUGAUGAAUCUACCUCAGAGUGCAGCCGCCCCAGCGCCCUGCAACCCUCACCUCGCUGCUGUGCUCCAGAACAAGUUCGGCCUCUCGCUGCUUCUCACCCUCCUGAGCCGGGUCGAAGACCUGCAGAGCUCCGAGCCCCCGACAGAGCCUGCGCGCGGUGUCCAGUGGACGGAGAUGAUGUUUAUGGCCACCCGAGAACUUCUGCGGAUCCCCCAAGCCGCCCUGGCCAAGCCCGUCUCCAUCCCCACAAACCUAGUGUCCCUUUUUUCUCGCUAUGUUGACCAGCAGAAACUGACCUUGUUGGAGACGAAGCUCCAGUUGGUUCAGGGCAUCCGAUGAGGUCUCCGACUGUGUCCUUACCUCCUGUAGCUGCCGUCUGCACUGCUCCACGCCACCGCACGCCGAGGGAGUGUCGUCACGAGGGCAGGCAGCUGUCCUCGGAGCAGACGUGCCUCGUGGGGUCGCAUCCCGAGGCAGGACCGUCAGGACACAUGGCCGGGUGAUUCCCCCCUGGGCCCCUCUUUUCUGUCUGUGUUACAUUUCUGCAUGUCCUUUCCCGGGUUCUGCACAGUUUUGCAUUUUCUUUGCCCUAGAGCCACAGAGAUACCUCCCUUUAUUCCACCACACUACUGCAGUUCAGGGUAGACCACAGCCUGCCAAACAGGGUCCUCCCUUGUCCUGCUGAAGACUGUCGUUGUCGCCCCAUAUUAACUCGACUUAGGUGGGCCAGUUGGGUAGAACUCACGACAGGUUCACACACACCCGGUGUGCGCGCUGAUCCCCUGAGCACAGACCAGCAGAUGACCCUCGCUCUCGCCUCCGCCUCGUCGUUAUUUUGGUGGGUCCCCUCGUCCUAGCAUAAAUUCAGGGUGUGCAGCACUUGGAAUGAAAUCCCAAUCUUUGCCUGGCUGCGGCUCUGGGCCAAGAGCUCCUCCCCUCCCCCCACCCCUCCCCUCCUUCGUCCCCCCCUUCCCCCACUCUGUCCUCCUAGCGGCAGCCUCAGGCCUGUCCCUGUCCCUGUCCGUGUCCCUGUCCCUGUCCCUGUGUGCACUGCACCUCUUCCCCUGGUGACCGCGGCCAGUCCUGCUGCACCCCUCAUGAGUCCCGGCCCCCCAGGCUGAGCGAGACCUUGGUGGCUGCGCUCCCCCAGCACCUCGCCUUUUCGAAUGUAGUCGGUCAGGCCGGCCUUUCCCGAGUGCCCAUUCUCAGUCCCUGUGCUCCUGCCUUCGUCAUCUACUGACCCUCUCUGGCCUCCCUCCCUCGCCGAUCAAGUGAACACUUGACGGCUAUUUUUUCCUAACUACUUUAUCUUGUUUGGUUCUAAUUAAUGAAAAUAAAAGUUUCUAAAUUUACAUUUUUAUAGGG